UCUGAUGGGACCUUAAAAAAACCUUUUAAUUAAUUUAAAAAUCUAUUAUCGGAGAUCUACAGUAUUUUUUAUUCAAUAUGGCAAAUGAGGAAUCAAAAAAUUCGAGAAUCUUUCUUGUCAUUGUUGUGUAUCUUAGUCUCUUUUUAGAUAAUGUUCUUCUUACUGUUCUCGUGCCCAUCAUCCCAGAUUAUCUGUGCACACUCGAAGGUAAUGCGACGAGCAUUGUCAACUCCGUUGAUGAAAACGGUCGUGUGGGAUUAUUGCUAAGCUCUAAAGCGUUUAUCCAGUUAAUUUUGAAUCCAGCUGUUGGGACUUUUAUUGGCAGUACAGGAUAUGCGAAACCACUUUUCUUUGGAAAUAUGUGCCUGCUUAUUACCGCACUAUUGUUCGCCUUUGGACAAACAUACGAGGUGCUUUUCUUGGCUAGAAGUAUACAAGGAAUAUCAUCAGCCUGCAUUGGGGUAUCGGGAAUGUCUUUGUUGGCCUCUCAAUAUCCCGAAGAGGACAAAAGAUCAAAGAUUAUGGGGUUUGUCCUUGGCAGUAUAGCUCUUGGUGUUCUUCUGGGAUACCCGAUGGGCUCGGUGCUUUACGACUUUGAAGGAAAAAUGGCACCUUUUUUACUGGUUGCAAGCUUUAUUGUCAUUUCAAUAAGUCUUCAGAUCUUCACUCUCGAUUUCGAGACUGUUAUCCAGAAAUCAGAAGAAAAUGGAAGCUGGAUGACCCUAUUGUCAGAUUAUCGAAUUCUCAUAAUUUCCGGGGCAAUUUGGUGCUCGACGUCACCAAUGGCUAUUUUGGAACCCUGCUUGCCAAUUUGGUUGAAGAGUCACAUAAAAGCCGAGAAAUGGCAACUGGGGACAGUUUUUAUUCCAGACAGUGUUGGCUACCUGAUUGGAACAAAUUUUUUCGGGUUGAUUGCGUAUCGUUACGGCAGAUGCAAAACAGCAGUUCUGGCUAUGGUUCUUGUUGGUGUGAGUGCUACCUUGGUUCCAACAGCUACUACAGUUUCACAGCUGAUAAUUCCUCAUUUGGGUAUGGGGUUGGGAAUUGGGGUUGCGGACGCGGCUUUGGUCCCAUUAUUGGCUAGCCUGGUUGAUCAAAGCGGCAAUUACGGUCUAGUUUACUCCAUCCAACAAGCAGCAGUGAGCUUAGCCUACUCUGUAGGUCCUAUAAUAGGAGGAGAAUUGGUUCGAUCAAUUGGAUUUAAUUGGGUGAUGCGAAUUGUAGGACUCACAAAUUUAGCUUAUUGUACACUUCUAAUAUAUGUUGCUGUUGAACAAAAAAAGCCACUAUCUCAAGAAGAGAAAAAGGAUUAUAAUUCUAUUCAGAUGACAGUUUCAAAGUAUGAGCGUUUCUGCGAUUCCGACGACGGCCUUUGA